AUGAUCGAAUCGUACGAUGGGGGUGGCGGUUCCACGGGUACCAGUGUCACCGGUGCCGUUGGAGGCCCGGUCUGUUCUGUUGCUGUGGAUGACUUUGGAUCGUACAGUCUGAGUCGCGUUCCCAAUUGUUGCACUGCACCUGGGAGACGUGGUCAUCCGACUGGUGUGGCGCGUGAUGUAUCAGUUCUGAAGUCAUUUUUUUUGCCACAGCCAGACGCCCCGUGA